CUUAGACUCCCAUAUAAAGCAUUUCCAGCAUUAACAAUCACAGCGCAGUCACCAAAAGCUCCAACUUCGCUCCACCUCAUCUUUUAUGAGCCAUAACUCGUCACAGGAAAAAACCAAAGUAAUCCAGCGAAUUCAAGAUGGAUGCCGUCUCCCUUACGCUUCGGUUGGGACCAGGGAAGGCGGAAAAGGCCGAAGUGUCGGAUUGCAUCAGCCACGAGAAGCCAAUCAGGUUCAACUUCCCGAGAGCCCCCCACGUUCAGGCUCGUAGUGUUAACCCCAAGGACAGAGGUAAAAGUGUUGAGUAAACCUUUAAGAAGGCAAAGCAACAUGGAGAAGAAAGAUAGAAAGAAGGAAAAGAAAGAAGAGGCAAAAGAGAUGAAGAACAGGGAGAUGAAAGAAGAAAAGGAAAAGAAGAACAGACGAAAGCAAGAAGAAAAAGAAAGACUUGAGAAAGUAAAAGAAGAAGAACAAGAAAAGAGAAGAGAAAAGCAAAGAAAGAAGAGCGAAAAGGAAGAUGAAAGAAAUAAGAAAGAAAAAGAGGAAGAAAAGCAGGGGAUGACACACGAACAACCAAUCGUACCAAUCCUCAAUACUAAAACCUUACUGAUUUCCCCCACCACCCCUACUCCCCCCUUCUCCCCCGCCGUCUUUCGAACCCUCCUCAUCAUUAAAAAACAACAGGAAAAUGAGAGAGAGAGAAAGAAGAAAGAAGAAGAAGAGGGAAGGGAACAAAGGAAAAAGGAAGAAAAAGAUCGAAUGGAAAGACAGAAAACACUGACAGUUAAACACAUGGAGAGGAUGUCAAAGAAACUAAACCUACACACCCUCAUCCCUAAACCCAGCAACACUUCCACCUUCCGAACCCCCCCUACUUCUUCCUACCACAUCCUCCCUUCUCCUCCCUUCUCCAAACCCCUUAUUCAUACCCUUCCUAACAUCAAGGAAGAGGAGGAAGAGGAAAUCAAGGAGAAGACAAUGAUUAAGCAAAUGGAAAGGAUGUCAAGGAAACAAUCCUUUUUACCCACCAUCAUUCCAAAACCCACAUCCAUUGCCAGCUUCCCCACCCCCCCUACUUCUUUCUACCCCAUCCUCCCAACUCCUCCCUUCUCCAAACCCCUUAUUCAUACCCUUCCUAACAUCAAGGAAGAGGAAAUCAGGAAGAAGACAAUGAUCAAGCAAAUGGAAAAGAUGUCAAGGAAACAAUCCUUUUUACCCACCAUCAUUCCAAAACCCACAUCCAUUGCCAGCUUCCCCAACCCCCCUACUUCUUCCUACCCCAUCCUCCCUACUCCUCCCUUCUCCAAACCCAUCAUUCAUACCGUCCCUAACAUUAAGAAAAAGAAGGAGGAAAUGAAAAAGAAGGCAAUAAUGACCCAAGUAGAAAAGGUGUCAAGGAAACAAUCCUUCUUCCCCUCCAUCACUUCAAAACCCACCCCCAAUCCCACCUUCUCCCUCCCCUCUACUUCUCCCUUAUCCCUUGGCUCUACUCCUCCCGUCUCCAAACCUCUUGUUUAUAGCCUCCCCACCCCUCCCAGUCACACCCUCUCUCGCAAGAAUCGCAGGUUCCACAAUCACCUCCACCCACAACCGCCACUCCCCCCCCCACUAGCCGGAUCCUCAUAUGUGCCAAUUCUUCCCUUCCCCAUCACCUCCACUCCCACUUUCCCUCCAAUCCCUACCUCCACCUUCCCCAUCAGUUCACCUUGCCCAUCACCUUCACUCCCACUUUUCCUUCCACCCCUACUCCCACCUUCCCAAUCAGUCCCUGCCAGGGGGGACUGGGGCUGAUUUAGAGGUGAUGGAGAGUUGUCCCUUCCCCAUCACCUCCACUCCUGCUUUCCCCUCCACCCCUACCAUCACCUUUCCCAUCAGUCCACCUUCCCCAUUACCUCCACUCCCACUUUUCCUUCCACCCAUACUCCCACCUUCCCCAUCAGCCCCUAUCAGGGGGGACUUGGGCAUAUGUAGAAGUGAAGGAGGUUCCUCCCUUCCACAUCACCUCUACUCCCACUUUCCCUUCUACCCCUACUCCCACCUUCCCAAUCAGUCCCUGCCAGGGGGGACUGGGGCUGAUUUAGAGGUGAUAGACUGUUGUCCCUUUCCCCAUCACCUCUACUCCCACUUUCCCUUCCACCCCUACCUCCACCUUCCCUAUCAGUUAACCUUCCCCAUCACCUCCAUUCCCAUGUUCCCCUCCACCCCUACUCCCACCUUCCCCAUCAGCCCCUAUCGGGGGGGACUGGAGCUGAUGUAGGAGUAAAGGAGAUUCCUCCCUUCCCUAUCACCUCAACUCCCACUUUCCCUUCUACCCCUACCUCCACCUUCCCCAUCACCUCGACUCCCACUUUCCCUCCACCCCUACCUUCACCUUCCCCAUCAGUCCACUUUCCCCAUCACCUCCACUCCCACUUUUCCUUCCACCUGUACUCCCACCUUCCCCAUCAGCCCCUAUCAGGG